AUGGCGGCGGCGGCGGCUUUGCCGAGGCGCCCGGAUGAGGACCGCGUGGCCUUUGAGGAUGUCGCUCUGCACUUCUCCCAGGAGGAGUGGCGCCUCCUUCCUGAGGCUCAGAGAAGCCUGUAUCUCGAUGUGAUGCUGGAGAACUUUGCCCUUGUGUCCUCUCAGGGCUGCUGUUGUGGAACAAAGAAUGUGGAGGAUCCAUGUGAACAGAGCAUUCCUGUAGGAGUACCACAGGCCAGGACUUCAAGAGAAUCUCAGUCUUCCCAGAACAUCCACCCCUGUGAGAUGUGUGGUCCAGUCUUGACUGAUAUCUUUCAUUUGACUGAGCACCGGGAAACACUACACAGACUGAGCUGUGGGGCGUGUGGAAAACAAUUUUCUUUCAGUGCAAACUGUCAGCAUGACCAGGAGCAGCUCAGGGGAGAGGAACUCUUCGUGAGCACUGCGGAUAGACCCUCGUUUGCAAAGAGCUGCGAUUUCAAGAAGUCACAGAAGCCCUCUACCCGUGCGGGGGUUGGGAAGAACUGCCCGGCCGCCUCAGGUCAUCUGCAACAGGCCACUCACACCACAGAGAAGCCAAACAAAAGCUCCAAACGUAAGGGGACUUCUCAGAACAGAAAAAGGAACAAUACUAGGGAAGAACGCGAGAAAGCCUUCAGUCCUAAGCACACACACGUGCAGGACUCGGGAGUGAACAGUAAAAAACAGGGUUUUGCGUGCCGUGAGUGUGGGAAAAGAUUCAGGUACAAAUCCUCAGUGGUCAUUCACCAGAAACUCCAUGAUGACAGUAUUUUUGUAUGUGACGACUGUGGGAAAUCCUUUAGGGGAAGCUCAGCCUUCACUCAGCACCGAAGAAUUCAUGCUGCGGCCAGGCAGCUCAAGUGUGGCAAAUGUGGGAAAUCUUUUAACCAAAAAUUUGUCCUCAUUUACCCUCAGAGAAGCCACACUGGAGAAAGUUGUUUCGUCUGUUGUGAAUGUGCGCCAUCUUUUAGGCAAAGCUCUGCUCUUAGUCCACAGCAACAGACAGUUUAUUCUGGAGAAACGAGUUUUGAGUGCACCGAAUGCGGGAAAUUCUUUAAACGGAAAACUGACCUUAUUGAACAUGGGAGAUGUCAUACAGGAGAAAGGCCUUUCGAGUGUAGUGAAUGUGGGAAAGCCUUUACGUCUUGUUCUGCCCUCCGCUAUCAUCAGAGAGUUCACAGUGGAGAAAAGCCUUAUAAAUGCAAUGAAUGUGGGAAGUUUUUUACCUCUAGUUCUGGCCUCCGUUAUCAUCAGAGAGUUCAUACAGGAGAACGACCGUUUGAGUGUAGUCAUUGUGGGAAAUGUUUUACUCAAGUAAAUCACCUCAUUAUACACCGAAGAAUUCACACAGGGGAAAGGCCUUAUGAGUGCAGUGAAUGUGGAAAAUCUUUUAGCCACAAAUCUUACCUGUCCCAACACCAGAGAGUUCACACUGGAGAAAAGCCUUUUGAAUGCAGUGAAUGUGGGAAAUCUUUCACCUCUGGCUCUGCCCUCUGUUAUCAUCAGAGAGUUCACUCUGGAGAAAAACCCUAUGAGUGCAGUGACUGUGGGAAAACUUUUACCAAUGGACCAAUUCUCAUUCGACACCGCAGAGUUCACACAGGAGAAAGGCCUUACGAGUGCAGUGAAUGUGGGAAAUCUUUCACCCAAAGAAAUCAUCUCAAUAUACACCAGAGAGUUCACACAGGAGAGAGGCCUUACGAGUGUCGUGAAUGUGGAAAAUGCUUUACCUCUGGCUCCUCCCUUCGAUAUCAUCAGAAAGUUCACAUUGGAGAAAAGCCUUAUGAGUGUAGCGAAUGUGAGAAAUCAUUUAUCUCUAACUCUGCCCUCCGUUGUCAUCGGAGAGUUCACACAGGAGAAAGGCCUUUUGACUGCAGUGAAUGUGGGAAAUCUUUUAGGGAUAGUUCCCAGUUGAAUCAACACCAGAGGGUUCACACUGGAGAAAAACCUUACGAAUGUACCGAUUGUGGGAGAACCUUUAGCCAGAAUUCGUACCUCUCUAAACACAGGAGAAUCCACACUGGAGAAAGGCCUUAUGAGUGUAGUGAAUGUAAGAAGGCUUUUACUUCUGUCUCUGCCCUUGGAUAUCAUCAGAGAGUGCACACCGGAGAAAGGCCUUACCAGUGCAGUGAAUGUGAUAAGUCUUUCACGAACAGCUCAAUACUCAUUCGGCACCGUAGACUUCACACGGGAGAAAAGCCCCACGAGUGUGAUCAGUGUGGGAGGUCCUUCACCCAAAGAAUUCACCUCACUAUUCACCAGAGAGCUCACACAGGAGAAAGGCCUUACGAAUGCAGUGAGUGUGGGAAAUCUUUCACUUCCCGUUCCACCCUCCAGUAUCAUCACAGAGUUCACACGGGAGAACGGCCUUUUGAGUGCAUUGAAUGUGGCAAAUUUUUUACCCGAAAAUCUAACCUCGCUCAGCACUCGAGAGUUCACAGUGAAGGAAGGCCUUAG